AUGACUCUUUUUAUACAUUUUUAUUGUGUCAUUUGGAUAACGUUGUUGACGGUAUGCUGCAGUACGACAGGUCGGGAACUACCGAAUGGUCAAAAUGUAGUAUCUGUAGCGCCGAUAGACGUUCCCGACGAGUCUAUGUAUCCAAGAUUCGCUGAGCCAAUUCCGAAUGUCACAGUCACCGUUGGCAGAGAUGCUUUAUUAGCGUGCGUUGUCGAUAAUUUAAGAGGAUUUAAGGUUGCAUGGGUUCGUAUGGACACGCAGACAAUUCUCAGCAUCCAUCAUAAUAUUAUUACUCAAAACAAACGAAUUAGUCUUUCCUACAACGACCAUCGCUCAUGGUAUUUGCAUAUCAAGAACGUUCAAGAAGUAGACCGUGGUUGGUACAUGUGUCAGGUCAACACAGACCCAAUGCGCUCAAGGAAAGGAUACCUACAAGUUGUUGUACCGCCAUCGAUCAUCGAUAACAUGACAUCUACGGACAUGGUUGUCCGGGAAGGGACAGACGUUACCCUGGUAUGUCGCGCCUCUGGAUAUCCCGAACCUUACGCCAUGUGGCGAAGAGAAGACGGACAGGAUUUCAAUUAUAACGGAGAGUCAGUAAGUGUUGUUGACGGGGAAACUUUAACAAUCUCGAAAGUAUCACGACUGCACAUGGGAGCAUACUUAUGCAUAGCUUCGAAUGGUGUUCCACCGUCUAUUAGCAAACGCAUUAUGCUCAUGGUCCAAUUCCCUCCAAUGCUGUCAAUUCCAAAUCAACUGGAAGGAGCCUAUAUUGGCCAAGAUGUCACUUUGGAAUGUCACACUGAGGCCUAUCCUUCCUCAAUCAACUAUUGGACGACUGAUCGUGGAGAUAUGAUUAUUUCCGAAAUGGAAAUUGUAGGUGGCAAGUACGAAGCGUUCCCGGUGGAUAGCGGCUACAACAAAUUUAUGAUGCUGAAAAUUCGCAAUAUCACGAAGGAGGACUUCGGCUUUUACAAAUGUAUUGCGAAGAACUCUUUAGGAGAAACGGACGGAAUCAUCAAACUCGAUGAAAUACCAGCACCGCCAUCAGCGUUUACCACAACACAAAAAUCUGUGCUGGACAACCAAACGAUAAGGAAAAAAGGUCAACUGCAAAUAUCACAGAGGAAUGACGCAAUCAGCUCAACAUUUCAAGGUGAAGCCUAUGGUGAACAAAUAAGAGACUUCGAUUUCUAUGAAGAAGAAAGUUCCGCUGUUACUCCAACCUUAGAAAAAACUUUAUUUUUCAUAACGCUUCAACACUUAUUAAAGCAGGUGCUUUCCUGA